CGCUGAUUAGAACCCAUACUUUUUUUUUGAUCAGAACGCGACUUGCAUUGCGCUUGAUUAAAACCAAAAAAUAAGAAAAAUGAGUACAUAUUUGGAGAGUGAUAAGGGAAAAUUUAUACCGGCAACUAAGCGACCCGAUGGCACUUGGCGAAAAGCACGGCGCGUCAAGGAUGGCUAUGUGCCUCAAGAAGAGGUGCCGCUAUACGAGAGCAAAGGCAAACAGUUUGUGGCCCAGAGACAAACUGGAGUGCCGCCAGGAAUGUGUCCGCUUGUGGCGGCCGAACUUAAAAAGGCGCACGAAAAGAAGGAAAAGGCAAAACAACAGCGUGUGGACAGGAGUACAACAACAACGACAAAAGCGGCACAAGUUACAACAGCCGCUUCAGCAACAGCAACAACAAUAAAACCGGCGCAAUUUACAGCUUCAGCGCCAAAAGCUAAGAAUGACCGUGAGAUAGCUGCAUUGGGCAAAACACUGGAUGCUGAACUUAAGCUUAACGCCGAUUCCCAUGAAGUGGAUACUGCAAAGCAACUGAAGAAAUUGCGCAAGAAAAUUCGUGAAAUUGAGCAAAUUGAGAGUAAAAUGCAAGCGGGCAACCCUAAUAAGCUGGACAAGGAUCAAUUGGAUAAAGUGAAAAAAAAAUCGGAGAUUUUGAAACAAUUAACCCAGCUGGAGGAACUUGCCAAGGUGUGACCAUUUUUAGUGUUACAGGAGAAUAUCCUCAUCAAUUUGAUUGCCUGCCUCUACCAUCAUCUCGUCGUACAGUUAUCUGUUAAAUAGUUUUAAUAGUUUUAGUUAAGGCAGCAGCCCUGUAAUAAUAUUUAUAAUAUAAAUGUGUGUGUAUUUUUCAUAUAUGAAUAUAUCUGUAUUCUGUUUUGAGUACUCUCUGCCAGGUUCCCCUCAGGGAGAAAAAACAAAGGGCUUUUAUAUUUCUAUGUUUUUUUUAUAAGAUUGUAUAAAAACUCAAAAAGGAAUAAAUCACUGCAGCAGUUCA